AUGACUGCCAUACGACUACGUGAAUUUGUUGACCGUCGCCCAGGUAUUCCACCCAGUAACUUCAUUGUUCACAGAGGAAAGGAUCUCCGAGGCUACUACCAUGGGCAACUGGCAAGAGUUCAUUAUGAUGAUAGUGUGAAGAAAACACCCAGGUUGGGACCAGAAAUUACCCACCAUUUCACUGAAUCCUAG